UAAUUUCUCAGUAUUUGACUGUCAGUAAAGCUGGUUUUGUUGAUUACUCUGAUGUAGAUGCCCAAUUUGGCUCAAGUUUUUCUAAUUGGAUUCUAUGAAGAUCGAGAAUUCGCGCUAUAUGUCUCUUCAAUCUCUAAUGAGCUUAAAGUCCCAGUGAGGUACUUGAAAGAAGACAAACCUCAUGGGUCAGCUGGUGCCCUUUAUUACUUUCGAGACCUGAUUAUGGAAGAUGCUCCGUCGCAUAUCUUUUUGCUGAAUUGUGAUGUGUGUUGCAGUUUUCCUCUGCCAGACAUGCUUGAGGCGCAUAGAGGGUAUGGUGGGAUUGGCACAUUGUUAGUAAUCAAGGUUUCUGCUGAAUCAGCCAACAAGUUUGGUGAGUGGCGCCGUUUGAAUUAA